GCUGGCCGUGUGAGCCAUGCGCUGUCGGCGGGCAGCAUCGUGUCAGCGGGGGAGCUGCUGGCAAAGCUCGAGUUGAAGGACCCUUCCAAGGUGAAGAAGAUCCUGCCCUUUGAAGGUCAUUGGCAGGGCCCCGGCCUUGAGGAGGCAGAAGACUUGGAGCCUCGUGAGGAGCUUUUGGCGCUGCUGGACGGCUACAGCAUUGAUGCUAAGGGUCCGCUGGUGGUUCAGAUGCUCGACGAGCAGAAGAUGUUUGCGAGCUUUGCCAACAACGAGGUGGCAGCUGAGACGGUGCGCGGGGUCUUGGAGAAGUAUUUGUCCAAUGAACGGCCUUUUGCAGCCUCCAUCGAGAAGAAGCAGCCUUAUGACCAGCUCCUGCUGGAGCUGAUCAAUGAGGGGAAGGACGAUCUCCAGAAGGUGCUAUUCAUGCUCGUUGCCCACAACAAGAUGGCCGAGCGCAAUGGCGUCAUCAUGGCAAUCCUCCGUGAGAUGGUGGCAGCUGAAGGCUCAGGCAUGUCUUGCAUGUAUGUGCCAGAGAUGCGGGAAGAUGACAUGGACAGUGCUGUGCACCAGAAGAUCCUGGAGAUUUCGCAGCUGCCGAGCACUGCCGGAGUGGCCGGUGAUUACGGCAACGUGCGAUAUUUGGCACAGCAGCUGCUGGAUGUGUUGCCCACAGAAUCCCAUGCACAGCGUCUCAGAGGCUUGAGGGAGCAGCUGGUACAGUUGGAUGAGAAGGCCUUCCAGCUGGCUGGUUCGGAGCUCCCAGGAGCUUCGGAGGGCAACUUGGAGGUGGAGCUUCUGGUGGAAGCUCUCCAUGAUGAGGAUCUCAAGGUGCAGAAGCGUGCGAUGCACUCAUACCUCUACUGGCUGGCUAAACCUGGGCGGCUCGCAAAGUUGGAGGUCCAGGAGAAGUCAGCUUUGUGGACUCAGUUCUUCCCAGUGGAUACAGAGGUGCAUAAUAGGCAUGGGCUGAUGCUGGUUCUACCUGAUCUGGAGCACAUGGAAGGCGCUUUGGAUCAAAGGCUGCCGGAAUUGGAGGCCUUGGGUGGUGGCGCUGUGCCAUUGAACUUUCUGCACGUGGUGGUCGGACGCGAUGCCUUCCCUGCAGUGACAGACCGCACCCUGUUCUACAACACUGAUGCUGAGCUGAAGAAGGUACUGCAGCAGAGCCAGGAAGUCUUCGCGAAGAAAGCACAGCUUCUGAAACUUGCGGGUGUUGGCGAGAUUUGCUUGGUGCUGCCACAGCCACCUCGCCAUCCACGAUUCGCCAGAUUCAUGUUGGACGAGAUGGAAGAAUGGUCCGAGCAGGAGAUUGGUCGAGACAUGUGGCCUUCCUUCCAAGGCAUGUUGGAGCUUGGGUCUUUGAAGAGGAUUUACCAACUCCAGCGCAUUCACAAGGAGGUGCGCCCAACUUCCCACAUCUAUUUGGCCACACAGCCCAGUUUAGGUGGAAAGGCUCCGGCACCUGAAUUGCUGAUGCGUGCAUUGUACCUGUCCAAGAUCAACCCAGAGUCAUUGAGCUCAAAUCUCUCUGAUAGCUUGGACAUGGCCUUGGAUGAGAUUGAGCAUGCGCUGCUGGACCCUCAGGUCUCCAAGUUUGGACCUACCAUCACCAGUCGGAUCUUCUUGCACCUGGUGGCUGAGCUGGACAUGCCCAAAGCCCAGAUUCAACAGCUCUUUAUGGACACCAUCAGCAGCCAUGUGGGACAUCGUGGCUCUGACAUCAUCAAGCUUUAUGUGGACCAGAUUGAAGUGAAUCUUGGAUUUUGUCAAGAAUGGAAAGUGCAUGUCCGAGACAACAGCUGCCUGGAGAUCUUGCGCUUUUCCUUCUCCUCGUUGCAUGGGGGGUUCUUCAAGCCGAAGCUGCUGCGCGAGAUCCCAGACCCCGUGACCGGCUUCCCCUUGCGCUGGGAAGAUCACUCCGAUGGAGUCGUGGAUCAGUCGAGCUCCCAGAGCUACCAGGCCAAGCGGGUGGCAGCGCGUCGUGCUGGAUCAAGCUAUGCCUAUGACCUGCCGGGAAUGCUUCAACUAGCCUUGAGGAUGAAAUGGAUCUCAGCUCCUGAGGAGUCCAGAGCAAAGGGAUCUCAAGAUUGGUCCAAGAUGGAACUGAUUGAAACUGAGCGUUUGGAGGGAAGCAACGACGUUGGCAUGUUGGCUUGGAGGCUGACGAUGCAGACCCCUGAAUACCCGGAGGGUCGAGAUGUCAUUUUGAUUUCGAACGACGUGACCUUCCAAGCGGGCUCCUUUGGCGUGAGGGAGGAUCGAUUCUUUCAAAAGGCCUCCGAGUUCGCUCGAGACCGCGGCCUGCCUCGCAUCUACGUGUCCUGCAAUAGUGGGGCCAGGGUUGGCUUGGUCGAAGAGUUGAAGCCUCUCUUCAAUGUGAAAUGGCUUGACCCUUCUGAUUGCAACAAGGGUUUCGAAUAUCUCUAUUUGCUGAAGCAUGACUAUGAGAAGCUGCCUGCAGGCAGUGUGGAGGCUCAUAAGGUCGAGGAGGCAGGAGAAGAACGGUAUGUUUUGGAUGCCAUCAUUGGUGAAGGUAUGAAGAGCACUGAGGGUGGAAUUGGUGUGGAGAAUUUGCAGGGCAGUGGCCUCAUUGCUGGUGAAACCAGCAAAGCCUACCAGGAAACCUUUACCCUCUCCUACAUCACCGGGCGUUCAGUGGGCAUCGGUGCUUACCUGAAUCGCUUGGGUCAGCGGAAUAUUCAGAUGGUAAGCAGCCCCAUGAUCCUCACCGGCUACUCCGCCUUGAACAAACUCCUUGGGAAGAAUGUGUACUCCUCCCAGGACCAGUUGGGAGGUCCUCAAAUCAUGGUGCCCAACGGCGUGACACACCAAGUGGUGAGGGAUGAUCAAGAAGGUAUGUCGGCUAUUCUGGAUUGGUUGAGCUUUGUGCCUAAGGAUGUCUCUUGUCCACCUCCUAUUUCCUCAAGCUCUGAUCCAUGGGACCGUGAUGUGGAGUUUGAGCCUUCACCUCUUCCCUACGACCCUCGCGACUUCUUGAGGGGUGUCAUUGACUAUGAAGGCCGACGUCUCCGGGGCUUCUUCGAUGCAGGCUCCUUCACCGAAUACUUGGAGGGCUGGGGUCAGACCGUCGUCGUGGGCCGUGCACGCCUCGGGGGAAUUCCCAUGGGCGUCAUUGCAGUCGAGACGAGAGCCGUGGAACGCUUGGUCCCUGCCGAUCCCUCCAACCCUGAAAGCCGUGAAAUGAAGGAGACGAUGGGUGGAAAGGUCUGGUUUCCAGACAGCGCCUUCAAGACGGCCCAGGCGCUUAAGGAUUUCAACCAUGGGGAGAAUCUGCCGGUGAUGAUCUUUGCCAACUGGCGAGGCUUCAGUGGUGGCACCCGUGAUAUGUAUAACGAGAUCUUGAAGUUUGGUGCCAUGAUUGUUGAUGCAUUGGUGGAGUACCAGCACCCCAUCUUUAUCUACAUCCCCAAGCAUGGCGAGCUGCGGGGUGGCGCUUGGGUGGUGAUUGACCCUGCCAUUAACCCAGAGAAGAUGGAGAUGUACGCAGAUUUGGACUCGCGUGGGGGCAUCUUGGAGCCUCCGGGCAUUGUGGAGGUCAAGUUCCGUACACAUCAGCAGGUGGAGGCCAUGCAUCGCCUCGAUCCGAAGCUGCAGAAGAUGGAUGCAGACUUGGAAUCUUUGAGUGACGAAGCAAAGCCGAGUCUUGAGAAGGAGAUCAAGGCGAGGGAGAAGCAGCUGCUGCCCUUGUACACCUCGGUAGCCACGACAUUCGCGGACUUGCAUGACCGUGCCGGGCGAAUGAAAGCCAAAGGUGUCAUCAAGGAAGGGAUCUCCUGGAAGGACUCGCGCCGCUUCUUCUUCUGGCGAGUGAAGAGGCGCGUUUUGCAGGACCACUUCAUCCGCCAGCUACAGAAGGCCGACAAGAACUUGAGCCACAAAGAAGGAUCUGGCCAAAUCUGGCCGGCCAGCAGCAUAAUAUGUGGCAUCGAGCGGGUACACGGAGUCGCGGCGCUGCUGGAGGCAGCUGGAGCAAUGGCACCAGCUUGGAAGGCCGCCCAGAAGGCCUACAUCGCGUACAUCGGCCCGGUGACAUUCCGCGGCCCGGACGCGGACGAUGAGCAAGUUGAAUCGAAGCUCUUGACAGUUCCUUCUGGCAAGAAUGUCAACAACUAUGCCAAUGUUGACCUCAUUUGCCGCAUUGCGCAAGAACAGCAGGUGGACGCUGUUUGGCCUGGUUGGGGGCAUGCCAGUGAGAACCCCAAACUGCCGGCGAAGUUGAAGGAGAUUGGGAUCACCUUCAUUGGCCCUCCUUCAGACAAAAGUGUCAUGGCCGCCCUGGGCGACAAGAUCGCUGCCAACAUCUUGGCACAAACGGCUUCUGUGCCCAGCAUCCCGUGGAGUGGAGAUGGGCUCACGUGUCAACUCACCGAAGAAGGCACGAUCCCUGAGGAAAUCUUCAACAAGGCUAUGGUGACCAGCGCUGAGGAGGCCUGUGAGCGUGCAACGAAGAUCGGCUUUCCCAUUAUGGUGAAAGCUUCUGAGGGAGGCGGAGGGAAAGGCAUCCGGAAGGCCACCAACAUGGAGGAGCUCAAAGUGGCCUACACCAACGUUUUCACGGAGGUACCUGGGUCGCCCAUCUUCCUCAUGCGGAUGGUCUCCAAGGCGAGACACUUGGAGAUUCAAAUCCUGGGAGACGAGUAUGGGAACACCCUGGCGUUGAACGGCCGCGACUGCUCAACUCAGAGGAGGUUCCAGAAGAUCUUCGAAGAAGGCCCACCGACCAUUGCCAAGAAAGAGGUCUUUCAUGAGAUGGAGCGCGCGGCCAUGCGUUUGACGGCCUUGGUGGGCUACAGGGGAGCUGGGACGGUGGAAUAUCUCUACAGUCCUUUGGACUCGCAAUGUCCGGAGACGCAUGCCUUUUGCUUCUUGGAGUUGAACCCCCGUCUUCAAGUGGAACAUCCAGUCACCGAGUCCAUCACUGGCGUGAACAUGCCUGCCACGCAGCUUCAGAUCGCCAUGGGCUUGCCCCUGUACAACAUCCCGGACAUUCGGAGGUUUUAUGGCAUGGACCCGACCCAAAACUCUCCGAUUGAUUUCUUCGCCGUGGACUAUCCACCCAUCACCUCCCACUGCUGCGCCAGCCGGAUCACCGCCGAGAACCCCGAUGAGGGCUUCAAGCCCACAAGUGGAAAGAUCAACAGUGUGAGGUUUCAGUCCUCGGGCGACUGUUGGGGAUAUUUCAGUGUUGGCUUGAAGGGUGGCAUCCAUGAAUUUGCGGACUCCCAGUUUGGGCACAUCUUCGCCAAGGGCCCCAACCGGGAGGCAGCCAGGAAGAGCUUGCGUUUCGCAUUGAUGAACCUGGACAUCAGCGGUGAGAUCCGACACCCAGUCGAUUAUUUGGUGGAUCUCAUUGAGACCAAGGAAUACCGGGAGAACACCAUCGACACCAUGUGGCUGGAUGGCCUGAUUGCCAGCAAGGCCAUUGCCCCUAGCCUGGGGGCGAUGGAGGUGGUCUUCUAUGCUGCUGUAUUCCGAACAUUUGAGACAGUGAAGAGCCGCACGUUGGAAGCCAUCCAUUCUAUGCAGAAGGGUCAGUUGGUGCUGCUGGGGAAGAGUGACACAGAUGCCCUCACCUCCUUCCACAUUGAUGUCACCUAUGAUGAGAAGAAGUUUUCUUUCUCUGUGUCCAGGAGGCGGGCCGACAUUUAUUGCUUCAGCAUCAAUGACCAGACCAUCAAGGCCAAGGUAAGGGAGCAGCCGGAUGGCUCAUUAUAUGUUCGGGUGGGCCGCCAAAGCCAGCAGGUCAAGGGGCAAGAAGAGGCCUUGGGUCUUCGUUUGGUGAUCGGUGGCCAGACCAUCAUGGUCCCCAACGUCUAUGAUCCUUCCGAGUUGCGCUCGGAUGUGAAUGGGAAGGUGGUCCGCUAUUUGCACGAUGAGGGCACUGAGAUUGCCAAGGGCGAGGCAUAUGUGGAAUUGGAGGCCAUGAAGAUGAUCAUGGCUUUGAAGUCUCCCGAGGCUGGCCGUGUGAGCCAUGCGCUGUCGGCGGGCAGCAUCGUGUCAGCGGGGGAGCUGCUGGCAAAGCUCGAGUUGAAGGACCCUUCCAAGGUGAAGAAGAUCCUGCCCUUUGAAGGUCAUUGGCAGGGCCCGGGCCUUGAGGAGGCCGAAGACUUGGAGCCUCGUGAGGAGCUUUUGGCGCUGCUGGACGGCUACAGCAUUGAUGCUAAGGGUCCGCUGGUGGUUCAGAAGAUGUUUGCGAGCUUUGCCAACAACGAGGUGGCAGCUGAGACGGUGCGCGGGGUCUUGGAGAAGUAUUUGUCCAAUGAACGGCCUUUUGCAGCCUCCAUCGAGAAGAAGCAGCCUUAUGACCAGCUCCUGCUGGAGCUGAUCAAUGAGGGGAAGGACGAUCUCCAGAAGGUGCUAUUCAUGCUCGUUGCCCACAACAAGAUGGCCGAGCGCAAUGGCGUCAUCAUGGCAAUCCUCCGUGAGAUGGUGGCAGCUGAAGGCUCAGGCAUGUCUUGCAUGUAUGUGCCAGAGAUGCGGGAAGAUGACAUGGACAGUGCUGUGCACCAGAAGAUCCUGGAGAUUUCGCAGCUGCCGAGCACUGCCGGAGUGGCCGGUGAUUACGGCAACGUGCGAUAUUUGGCACAGCAGCUGCUGGAUGUGUUGCCCUCAGAGUCCCAUGCACAGCGUCUCAGAGGCUUGAGGGAGCAGCUGGUACAGUUGGAUGAGAAGGCCUGGUGCAUCCACUUGAAGCCUCCCAGGAGCUUCGGAGGGAACUUGGAGGUGGAGCUUCUGGUGGAAGCUCUCCAUGAUGAGGAUCUCAAGGUGCAGAAGCGUGCGAUGCACUCAUACCUCUACUGGCUGGCUAAACCCGGGCGGCUCGCAAAGUUGGAGGUCCAGGAGAAGUCAGCUUUGUGGACUCAGUUCUUCCCAGUGGAUACAGAGGUGCAUAAUAGGCAUGGACUGAUGCUGGUUCUACCUGAUCUGGAGCACAUGGAAGGCGCUUUGGAUCAAAGGCUGCCGGAAUUGGAGGCCUUGGGUGGUGGCGCUGUGCCAUUGAACUUUCUGCACGUGGUGGUCGGACGCGAUGCCUUCCCUGCAGUGACAGACCGCACCCUGUUCUACAACACUGAUGCUGAGCUGAAGAAGGUACUGCAGCAGAGCCAGGAAGUCUUCGCGAAGAAGGCAGAGCUCCUGAAACUUGCGGGUGUUGGCGAGAUUUGCUUGGUGCUGCCACAGCCACCUCGCCAUCCACGAUUCGCCAGAUUCAUGUUGGACGAGAUGGAAGAAUGGUCUGAGCAGGAGAUUGGUCGAGACAUGUGGCCUUCCUUUCAAGGCAUGUUGGAGCUUGGGUCUUUGAAGAGGAUUUACCAACUCCAGCGCAUUCACAAGGAGGUGCGCCCAACUUCCCACAUCUAUUUGGCCACACAGCCCAGUUUAGGUGGAAAGGCUCCGGCACCUGAAUUGCUGAUGCGUGCAUUGUACCUGUCCAAGAUCAACCCAGAGUCAUUGAGCUCAAAUCUCUCUGAUAGCUUGGACAUGGCCUUGGAUGAGAUUGAGCAUGCGCUGCUGGACCCUCAGGUCUCCAAGUUUGGACCUACCAUCACCAGUCGGAUCUUCUUGCACCUGGUGGCUGAGCUGGACAUGCCCAAAGCCCAGAUUCAACAGCUCUUUAUGGACACCAUCAGCAGCCAUGUGGGACAUCGUGGCUCUGACAUCAUCAAGCUUUAUGUGGACCAGAUUGAAGUGAAUCUUGGAUUUUGUCAAGAAUGGAAAGUGCAUGUCCGAGACAACAGCUGCCUGGAGAUCUUGCGCUUUUCCUUCUCCUCGUUGCAUGGGGGCUUCUUCAAGCCGAAGCUGCUGCGCGAGAUCCCAGACCCCGUGACCGGCUUCCCCUUGCGCUGGGAAGAUCACUCCGAUGGAGUCGUGGAUCAGUCGAGCUCCCAGAGCUACCAGGCCAAGCGGGUGGCAGCGCGUCGUGCUGGAUCAAGCUAUGCCUAUGACCUGCCGGGAAUGCUUCAACUAGCCUUGAGGAUGAAAUGGAUCUCAGCUCCUGAGGAGUCCAGAGCAAAGGGAUCUCAAGAUUGGUCCAAGAUGGAACUGAUUGAAACUGAGCGUUUGGAGGGAAGCAACGACGUUGGCAUGUUGGCUUGGAGGCUGACGAUGCAGACCCCUGAAUACCCGGAGGGUCGAGAUGUCAUUUUGAUUUCAAACGACGUGACCUUCCAAGCGGGCUCCUUUGGCGUGAGGGAGGAUCGAUUCUUUCAAAAGGCCUCCGAGUUCGCUCGAGACCGCGGCCUGCCUCGCAUCUACGUGUCCUGCAAUAGUGGGGCCAGGGUUGGCUUGGUCGAAGAGUUGAAGCCUCUCUUCAAGGUGAAAUGGCUCGACCCUUCUGAUUGCAACAAGGGUUUCGAAUAUCUCUAUAUGCUGAAGCAUGACUAUGAGAAGCUGCCUGCAGGCAGUGUGGAGGCUCAUAAGGUCGAGGAGGCAGGAGAAGAACGGUAUGUUUUGGAUGCCAUCAUUGGUGAAGGUAUGAAGAGCACUGAGGGUGGAAUCGGAGUGGAGAAUUUGCAGGGCAGUGGCCUCAUUGCUGGUGAAACCAGCAAAGCCUACCAGGACCGAGUCGUAGCCCAGCAAGUUUAA